AUGAUGUCUCAAGCUGCUGCUGCACAAAACCCAACGCUGUACUUCAACGACUCCAAAAUGGCCAACUUGGCUCACCAGAAGAUGAACGCCUUUCAAGCAGUGGCGCCGACAUCGCCAGCGUACUCUCGACCGGGCUCUUCUUGCUCGCAACUUCACAGCAUGUACGGCAGCAUCGAUCCAGCCGUCAUGACUCCCACCGGGCCUCUGCCAAGCACUCACAAGCCUGCCAUCAUGUUGGAGACGGAAUUCGCUGACAACCCGUACUUCCCUUGCACACCACCGCUGUCCGCAUCCGGCAGCACUGUAGGCAGUCCCAGGGCCCUCGAUGUGCUGCAGACUCCUCUGAAUCCCAUGUUCUCUGGCCUGGACGGCUUUGCUGUCAAAGCCGAGUUCGAGGCGAUGGAGAGCUCCAUGUUUGACUGGGCUAGCUGCGAUUCUCCUCCAAUGACACCAGUGUUCAUUCAGUCACAGCCCUCCAGGGUUCCUUCGCUCAGCAGCACCACGAGUGAACUCACAACCCUGUCUUGCCCUUCGCUGUCACCUUCGCCUGCGCCAUACUCUAGGUCUGUCGCCUCGGAGAGCGACGUUGACUUUUGCGAUCCCCGCAAUUUGACAGUCUCCGCUCCGGCCAACCCAACCUUCGCGCCAGAGUUCACAGUGGCCGGUCUUGGCGAGGCAGAGGUCAAGUCUGAGCAUGUUUGCAUCGAGACGUCGGUGCUAUCAGAAGCUGCGUUCGAGUAUAACCCUGGCAUCCCAAGCGCAAUCCCCGCGUUGGGGGAGUUGUCGGACCUGGAAUCCGAAGACGAGUUCAGCAGCUUGAUGGGCGCGGGCGAAGUGUCUCGACCUCGCGCAUGCACCGGGUCUUCUGUCGUUUCGCUGGGUCACGGCAGCUUCAUCGGUGACCAAGACUUGAGCUUUGAUGAGAAGGACGAGUUUCAGUUUGCGUCUCGGUCCAGCCGUCCUUGCAGCGUCGAGGCAGGCGAGGACACGCACCAGGAUAAGCGCCAGAAGAAGAGCAAGACGAGGGCGAGGACGAAGCGAUCUGCCCAAGCCAAGAUGCACACUGCCGCCGCGGAGGGGCAGUCGGCGGACAGCGAGGAACAGAAUGACCAAGGAUCGCCUGCAGCAACCGAUUCCAACUCGUCGUCGUCGGGUGCCGGCUCGCCUGCUGCCCCCGCCUCCUCGGCGCCCAUCAACCGCCGCGGACGGAAGCAGUCCCUGACGGAGGAUCCCUCCAAGACGUUUGUCUGCGAUCUGUGCAACCGACGGUUCCGCCGGCAGGAACACCUGAAGCGCCACUACCGAUCCCUCCACACGCAGGAGAAGCCGUUUGAGUGCAACGAGUGCGGCAAGAAGUUUUCGCGGAGCGACAACCUGGCGCAGCAUGCCAGAACCCACUCGAGCGGAGGAGCCAUCGUCAUGAGCCUCGUCGACGGCACGGAAGCGCCUUGCUACGAGGACGCGACAGCUGGCGCUCCCGUCAUGGAGGACUUUGCCAACUACGGCAAGGUGCUCUUCCAGAUUGCGUCCGAGGUUCCGGGCAGUGCCAGCGAGCUGUCAUCGGAAGAAGGCAGCGACAGCGGCAAGAAGAAGCGAAAGCGCUCCGACUAG